GGGCCUGAGCCUUCAUCACCUAGAUGAUCAACCAAUCCAACGAUAGUAAAUCGUUAAACUCCCGCCAAACUAAAAUAUAAGAACCCGAACCGGAUAUAAUCAUCGAACUCUCCAGCUCCACUGUUGGGGAACCUCACCAAUGAAUUGCACGCACUGUACCGUACCAACGGUUACCUUCCCUGCAAAACCAAACCUCGCUUCCCCCAAAACCCUUCGUCUUCUACCUCGGUGUUUCACUAACCAAUCUCUUAAAACACCCCACCUUCAGAAGAACAUAAGCUUUCGAGUCCGAGCUUCGGCCACCGAUAGUAGUGGAGCCAGGAACUGGGUCAACCGGUUGCCGACUGGAGCUUUGGCCGCCGAUAAGGUUCUUCGACUGAUUGCCGGCGCCACUUCCAGUCCCAUUGGCCAGUACGUCUCUUCGCCUUUCACGUUUCUUCAUUCUGUUGACCCAAGAAUCAAAUUGGUAUGGCUAUUGGCCUUAGUUGUUUUACCAGCAAGGGCGCAUAUAAUAUUACGACUUGGAUUAGUAAUCUUCUUGGCCAUUUUGUCAAUAUGGAUUCUUCCAAGACAGACGUGGAUGGACCAACUGGGAAGAGUGUCCUUGCUUUCUGGAAUUUUGUUCAUCAUGUUGGGGCUGGGUUCUGAUGGCGUGCCAUCCCUUGUUCAAUCACGAACCCCACCUUCUUCAGUGACGGGAUUGCCAAAUCUUCCUUCAUCUUUAGUAGGUUAUUCAUAUUCAAUUAUGAAGCUAGGACCAUUGGAUUUUACAAGGAAGGGGUUGUCGAUAGCUAGUACGGCUGCCUGUUUAACCUUCACGGUCUUCCAAAGUGCAAGCCUUUGCUUGACAACCACGACCCCCGAACAACUUGCAUUUGCCCUACGGUGGUUUAUGUUUCCCUUAACUCAUAUUGGUGUGCCAGUGGCUGAAAUUACUCUCACCCUUAUGUUGUCGUUAAGGUUCAUCAAUCUAGUGUUUGACGAGGUACGGAAUGUAGCAUUGGGGAUUAUAUCUCGUAGGAUAAAUUGGGAUCAAUUGACAAUGUUGGAGUCCAUUGAUCUGUUCUUUGCCUAUUUCCGUCGAAUUUUCAAAAAUAUUUUCAACCAUGCUGAGCAGAUUUCACAGGCAAUGAUUGUCAGAGGUUUUAGAGGAGACAGCAAGUCUCACACAAUUUAUAACUUAUCGGAAUCAUCCUUUGGUAGAGCAGAUAUUAUUUCUUUGUUGUGCCUGGUUGGUGUUACCGCUGCUUGUGUUCUCUCAGACUAUCUUCUUGUCUAACUAACACGAGAGUUAAAAAAGGUUUCAACAACUUGUUAACAUACACUCGCACGGGCUGUUGGAUGAGGAGCUAGCAUGACAUGAUUGGGGGAAUGAGUGACAUAUUAGUUGGAAAUGGCGACCAUGGUGGAGUCCAUUAAGUAUAGAACGGUCUAUAAAAAGGACUUGGGAGAUACAUAAUUUCAUAUUCUUUGUUUACAUUUUUUUCCCAUCUAAGUUCAAACACAUUACCAAUUGUGGUCAUUAGCAAUGUUUAGAUGCUGCCCUUGUUAUCUUUUUAGAGUUCAUUUUAAACAUGUCUUGACUGCUA